CUCCCCUCCUUCCCUUCCCCGCCGCGGCCGAGGUCCCGGAUCCAAGAUGGCGUCGCUGAGUCAAGCGGGGCAGGAGAUGAGCCUGGCGGCCUUAAAGCAGCACGACCCCUACAUCACCAGCAUCGCCGACGUGACCGGCCAGGUGGCCCUCUACCGCUUCAGCCCCAAGGACAACGAGUGGGAGAAGACUGACAUAGAAGGUACUUUAUUUGUAUAUAAAAGGUCUGCUUCACCUUACCAUGGGUUUACAAUUGUGAAUCGAUUGAACAUGCACAACUUGGUUGAGCCUGUAAACAAAGAUUUAGAAUUUCAACUGCAUGAACCUUUUCUUCUGUACAGAAAUGCUAAUUUGUCAAUUUACAGUAUCUGGUUCUAUGACAAGAAUGACUGCCAUCGAAUAGCAAAACUCAUGGCCAAAGUAGUACAAGAAGAAACACAAAGAUCCCAACAGGAUAGAGGAAAUAUCAGUAGGAUUAAUGGAUGCACUGAUAUUCUAGAGAUGCUAAGCAAAGCCAAGGUUGAAUAUGAACGGAACCAGAAAGGUGAUUUAAUCAGUGUGACACGAGAAAGUAUAAAUUCCACAAAGGCCGAAAACGCAGAGACUUCGGAGCAUGGGUUAUCGAUGCUAUUAAUGCAAGACCAUCCAUGUCAAUCCAUACCUAAACAUCUAACAGUGGAAGAAUUAUUCGGAACUUCAUUACCAAAGGAACAAUCUGCAGUUCCCUGUUGUAAUCCAGAGAGAACAGAGAAGGCUGACACCUCAUGUAGAGAGCACAGUUUACUUCUACCUUUUUCCUUUGAACAAUCAACCGUAAUCCAUCAGCCUAUAGGAAAGCUGGACUGCCCAAGCUUCAGAAGUAAUGCUUCUACCUUACUGCCACUGGAGUGCAUGCCACCCUUGCUAAUUGCCUCGCCUUCUGUUUCCCAGUCUGAAGUAAAUAAAGCUUCAAGCUAUACUGGGCAGCUAAGCCCUAUAGUUAAUUCAGCCGUGGCAACAGAAACUCCAUGUGCAAAUAUGCUUCAGAGCAUGAGUACAAACAAUAACAUAAUGCAAGUGAUGCAGCAAGCAGCCAAGCAGGUACCUCCACUUGUGAAUCAAUCAUUGUCUGAUAUGAAUCACAGUCCACAAAAUAGAACUCCUGUUCAAAGCCAGUUUGUAACAUCUUUGUCUGCAACAAAUACAGGAGACACAUCAAACACACCACUUCCAAAUAUGGAUCUUCUUCAGAAACUCAGGUUGACCUCUCAGCAUGAUCAAAUACAGCAGUCACUUAAUAAAACCCCAGUAGCACCAAGCUCUUCAUCUGCCAUUAGUCAGUUGGCAACACCAGAUUGUUUCAAGGAAUCCCACAACAAGCAGCAGCCACUGACUGGUAAAAUUAUUCCAUCUGUGCAGGUUACUCAGCAAAACAAGGAGCUUGAAACAUUUCCACAUCACAAAGCUUUGUCAAAAGGAAACCAGGUUGCUUCUCCACAGUUUGCUGCAGCUACAACCACAGUGGUGCCCUCAGUCCUCUUGUCACCAAGUAUGUUCCAGCAGUCAGCUUUGAAAUCAUCUGAAACUGAAAGCAAAGUUUGUUCCUCUUCUCCACCUGCCCUUGGAGCAGUAGAUGUUCAGGCAUUCCCUCCAACAGCUCUUAGUAGAUCUCAGCUUCAAGAAACUUUAAUACAUCUAAUAAAGAACGAUGAGAAUUUUCUCAGUACUCUUCAUGAAGUCUAUUUACAAGUUUUGACCAAGAAUGCAGACAGCAUCAAGUUAUAACCGUUGUGAAUUCAACUCUACUGGAUCGCAUAUCUGCUUCAGAAACAAUUAUGCCUCAUCUGUAAACCUGUACUCUUUUUGGAGACUGUUUUUAGUUCUGGAACUCUUGGUUUUAGCUUCCUAAUAUAGCUUGUUAUUUAGAAGAAUUAGAUGAGUAAUGUUCGCAGAAGUGAUAUAGGUUUCACUGUGACAAAUCACCAGCAGGCUUUUAUUUCUGUAUAGGAAAAGUGGUCUUUUCAGCACAUUUGUUUUCAUGGCUUUGUGUAAUGUGAAAGUGUACUAAUUUACACAUACACAAAGACACCGGAAUACUUAGUACAAAUGAUUUUUUUUUUUUUGCAUUACAUUGAAAAUAAGAGUUCUGAAACCAGCUGCUAAUUUACAACAUACAGGUAACUGUAGGGCUUUGGAAAAUAAUGGAUAUGCAAUGCAAAAAUUCUGCUUUUAGCCUUAUAACUGGAGGGCCUUAGGGUAUUACUGACUGAUUUCCACAGAAUGCAGAGCUAAUAUGCAUAUUCCAUUUUCUUUUACUAAGGCAGUAUGAAAACUAGGUGAAAAUGUACCUGUGAUGAUAUCUUUAGUGUGGUGUUUUUGGUAGUGGUACAGUUUUAAAACAAAUAGUUUUUAAACAUGAAUGGAUAGAACAUCAUUGUGGUUGCUUUACCCAGUCAUCCUCCCCUGUGUAAGUACAAAUGGUUGAAGAGGGUUUUCCUCUAUAAAGGAUGGACUGAUUCCAGAGAGGUGUGUGUAAUUCAUUCAAGAGGUGGUGUUACAUGGACAAGUGUGGUCUUAGAUUCUCCCCAUUUUUUUCCAGAUAUGAGCUAUUUUCAGAUAUGGGUUAAUAUUUCACUGUUAAACUGCUGUAAAGAUCAAACUUCUUCACAAAGAAAGUCAGAUUCUGAUCUCCAUUCGUUUUAUAUGCUGCUAUGGGUCUCUCCAUGACUAGUAUUUAUUUCAUUAUGGCAUGUAAUAGUAGCUAGCAAUACUCUAAUAUAACAUAGACUUCAAUUUAUUCAAGCAAUAGUAAUUGUUAAAGGCUACUCUUUUCUGUCUCUUGGUAGUAAUAUCUUGGUUUAAUAUUUUUAAAAGAAAUUUUGUAGUCCAGUUAACCUGCACUGCUUAUGUUUCAGGGCACUGAUAAAAUGGUGGAAGAACAUCGUUUUGGUUCUCUGUUAUAAGAACUUUCCUAUCCAAGCCAUUCAAAUGCAUAGGGAUUCAAAAAACCCUUAUUUACUGAGAGUUUACAAUGGAAACAUAUUGAAUUAGAAUAUAUAUAUAUUACUCUUACAGAUUUAACUGGGGGAAUGGUGGCAGUGUCUUUAUCCAGAUCUUAUUUACUUCAUCAAACAAUUUUUGUGCUAAAUUUAGUUUUAACCCCAACUAGAAUAGACACAUUGCAGUCAGUGACACUAAAUAAGUGAUGGCUAACAAAUCAGAUAUUUGUUUGAAUAGGUCGUCUUUAUAUUUCUAUCCCAUAGCUCCACCAUUAAUCAGUGUUUUGAUAUAAAUAGUGCAUGUUGAUUUUUUUAAUGCGUCAAAAUGAUUUAAGUGAUUUUAGGUGGAUGUUUUUAUGUUUAGCAAACUGCCUUUGGAGAGAACCUCUUCAGCCUUUGAACUCAGUGUUUCUAGUUAUAUAAACAUAGUAUUUUAUAUUGGAAGAGUGCAGAAUUCAGGGAAAUGUGUUAGUAGUGACAUGAACAUUCAACCAAUAUAUUGGCUUUAAUGGUGAGAUUUAAACAUGUCUUUUCAGGCUUUCUAGACUUUUUGUAGGAAAUGUGAGAACUGUCUAUUUGUAUGCUGGACAUUUAGCAAAUCACCCAUAUUUACGUAUCAGCAAGAAAUGCUUGCUCAUUUUAAAUAGCCUGUUCCUUAGCUUUUUUGGGAUAGUGCCAGUGGACUCAAAGCCACUCAUUAUUUUUCAGUACAUUGCAAGUGUUUGUAUUACCAUACCCUCCCCCCCCCCCCAAACCAAAUGUAUACCAAGCUUCAUUUUUGGAUGGCAAGCACUUAGCUAUUGGUAAUUAUUCUGAAUGGGAAAAGAGAUACUUCUCAACCAUGAAGAAGAUUGGUGGUGAAAGAGCAAGUUAGGCACAGUGAUAAUGAAGAACUAAAAUUGAUUCACAGCCUUUCAAACAGGCAUUAUAUCCAAAGACAUAUAGAAGUGAAACUGUAAAGAUUUUGCUGAUACUGAAUGUACUGUUACUGUCCUAUGUUUUCAAAGUUAAUAUGAAAGGGAAUACUUCAUUGACAUUUCCAGUUGUUUUUCUCAGUACACUUUAUACUUCUAUUUACCAUUUUGCAUUUUAAUUCCCUAGAAACCUCAGUCAGUAGCUGGCAGAUCAGAGUUCUCAAGUGUUAGAGGCAUGUACAAUAUCAAGAAAUAGGUCUCUGUUCCCAAAGAGAAUGUCCUUAGCUAGAAGUUAUAAUGAAAGUUUAUUUUUUGAUUACAGGUUUGUUUCAAUCUUGAAUUUAACGCACAUCAAUGUUACAGCAUUUAUGUGGGGAAACAGUUGUACUACACCAUACAAAGCACUGUUAGCAACAUUUGAUGUACCACACGAGUGCUCUUAUUGCUUGCCGUAAUGUGACUAAAAGUAAUGAAAAACCUUUUAAGCAUUGUUUUGGAAAACAAACUUGGCGCGAAAGUUCCAAAUGUUUACAAAAUGUAGAAAUGACCCGACAGCUUUAGUCUGGUUAACCUUAACUUUUUUUAGUCUAAGUUUGAAUCUGUAACAACACAUUUUAGUUUUGUUACCUGCAUGCAAUAGUACCAAAUGUGUAAUGAACCAACUUGAGCCAUUUCAUUUGAAAUCUUUUGGUAAGGCAUUCUGCAUUUCUUCAAAGUGGAUGGUAUUUUUAGACUAUAUCCCCAAAUGACUAUUCACUAUCUAAGCAUGUAUUUUUUGUUAUCUAUAUGCAGCUUUUUGUUAAAAUACUUAAUAUUUGUCUACUCAAAAGUGGCUUUAAAACAUGCAGCUUAUUCAAAAACGGAUUGCUGUAUUAUAGGUCAAGGUUCUAACAACUGCUCCAUUAACUAUUUAAUAGUAUUUCAAAGAUGUGCCUAAUGGCUAUAUAUUUGUGGCAGACCUUACAUAAAUUAAUCUGCAAAGAUCUAUGGCACAAUACAAAAUGGAAGGGCAGCUUACAUUGAUUUUCUGUUAUGAGAUGGAAUUUAUUCAUACUACCAACAUACUAAUUUCUACUGUUGCCUAGAUUUUGAGUUUUCUUGGGUUGGUGCAUUCAUGGAACCCACCAAUGCCAUCUAGGUAAGGCAUAGUUUUUGAGAAACAGUUCGGGUAGAGUAUUUCAUGUGGAGUAUUUGGACACACACAAAAAAAAAACCCAGCCACUUGUUGGCUACUGAGUUGCUUUUUAAAGCAUAUCUUAAAGAGGAAUGUGUGCAAUAUAUAUUUCACCUCAAUUUUUGCCAUCUUUGUGAAAAUGUUAGGAUGCAAUAUCUUCACUUUUAAGUGGGAAAACAAUUGCAAUAAUCUUCCCCUUGUGAUUUGUUUUUGUAUCAAUUUAACAUUGUGAGCACAUGGUGGUUCUUUGUUUUUAAAAAUGCACACUACUAUACUCAAUGUUUGGGUUUUCUGCUUUAAUUUGCACUCACGUACAUAUUAAAGUUUGGGUUGCUUCAGAUCUUUGAGGUUUUAAGCAAUAGCUUAAUCGGAAAGAAUGGGCAUGGCAUUUUUCAAAGGUAUAGCAUACACACCUGAAGAAUUAUUUAAGAUCAAAAGAACCCUAGUUUUGUGGGAGACUCAGAAAAAAAAAAGCUCUAGCGACCACUGGGGUAAGUGGACUCUUAUGCAGCUUUUUAUUUUAAGUGGUGCAAAUUGUUUGCACAGUUGUAGAUCAGAUAGUUGGGCAUAAGAAUAUAUUGUUCCUAUUUGAAUCUUCAAAGUGUUGAUGCUGAACCUCUGCCAGAAAGAUUUAUGCCCAGUGGUUUUUGAGCUACUUUUUAACUGUCACCAUAAUGCAUCAUUAACAUUUCAGUAUAUGGAUAUGUGAUUUGUGCCAUCUUAUUACGUUGGCAAAUAUUAAGUUAUUGCAUAAAUGUUUAAGAGAGAACAUUUUUCAUUAAAAAUUUUGUAUGUUUGCAAAUAUAUUUUUGUAAUAAAACUUCAAAGACAAA